UACCGAUCCUCACCAACUACUAGUCCCGUACAAACACAUGUUUCUGUUCUUUCUUAUAAAUAUUUCUGUCUACAUCUUACCAUUAUCUCUGUAUAUAUUAGCAUAAAUCUACAAUUUUGCCUUAAACUUCCUUCAAUUUCUAGAAUUCUUCUCUCUCUUUAUCUUCCAUUUUCUUCUUCUUUUCUCAUUUAUGCUUACCCUUUGUAUUCCCAAAUCUUCCCUUUUACUUUUCCAAGAUUUCAUCAGCAACCCAUAUAAACCCUUUAUAUCUCACCUCCCCCCUCUCAUUCUCUGCCUGUAAUAUCUCAGAUCAGGGGCAAAAAACCCACAAAAAUCUGUUCUUUGGUUUUUUCGUUUCUGGGUUUUGGUUAAAUUAUGUUGCAGCUGUUCUUUACGGUGGCUUUCUCUGCAGUGCCUUUGACUCUUUAUAUACCACCAGUUAGGAGCUUGAAUCAUUUUGUGGAGACCAUGGAAGAUCUGUACAGGGAGUCUAGAGAAUAUACUAAUAGAGUUUAUCCACGUGCAAGGCACUUUUGGUCUAGGUUCUUGGAUCUCUUGCUCUGCAAUUUGAGGUUAGAUUAAUUAGGAAGGAUCUCUUCAGUAUACAUUCUCUUUUUUCUUCUUCUCUUUGGUUUAAAUUUGAUGGUUGAUUCCUGGGUACCUGUGCCAGGAGUUGUUUGUUUUUCUUGGUUGUGUAAUUUUCUUGUUAUUGCGGGCUUAUAUUUCUGCAGAAAUCUGUGAGCUUUGCCUGGAGAGUGGAGAUGUUAUUGUAUCAAUAAAGGAUAGUAUUUUCUCUCUCUAUAGAAUUCCAUGUGAAAUUA